AUGUCGCAACCAACCAGGGAUCCGUCCAUGAUCGAGUCGGCUCGCCGACAGGCAUGCCCUCCGUCUUCCACUUCCCCGGAGCAUGGCAAAGAGGUCACAGGCUACAUCGAGAUCAUCACAAAUAAUGGUACCUUCGGAGACAUGUUCUGGUCGAAGAGUGCACCGCCGAAGAAGAAGAUCGACUCUCUGCAUGUGAAUGGUGAUGGUUCAACUACCGGUACCGAGCCUCUUGACCCUAUGGCAGGGAAACCAACUGAAGGCAAGGCACAGUCUGGACGGCCUAGCACAAACAACUAG